AUGAAGUACAAAAAAAAACAUCAUGAGAGACAAUUAUUUUAUAAAUUAACAUGGCAUUAUUUAAAUAAAGAACCACAUCAUAUCAUGAGACAUAUUCAAGGAAAAAGAUUUAAACAUGGUUAUAUUCUUUGUAAGUAUUUUAAUGGAAAAAAUGUUAAGCGAAUGAUGCGUGAUGAUGAUGAUUUAUCAGGUUUAUAUCCCAACUUUCGUUGUUUACGUGCUAAUGAUUCAAGACGGUAUAAAAUGAAAAGCACUAGCAUUACGAAUAAAAAACUGAAAAAAAUACCAAUGGAAAUGAUUCAACGGAAUGGACGACAACAGUGA